UUUCAACUUUUUUUUUUUUUUUCAUUCUUCAAGUUUUUUUCUUUUUUUUUUUUUCCUUUUCGUUUUGUGCUUUGUUGUGUUCCAACUGCGCUCUCCUCCUCCUCGUCCUCCUCGUCGUCGUCCUUCGUGCUUGUCGUGUUGCUUGUGCUACAGUGACAUCCAAGCGAGCGCGUGAGUGAGCGGCCAGCCCAGCAAAAAACAGCAAAGAAACAACAAAGGCUUCCCUUUUUUUUUUUUUUUUUUUUUAACUCAUUGUUCACAUCUGACAGCAUUUUUCGGGUUGGCAGCAACGGAGCAGAAAGCAGACGCGCAGCUUUCGUGAACACACACAGACACACACACACGCACACACGCAACUCGUGCACACGCAACCCGGAGCAAUGUCGUCUUCUGCGGGUGACUUUCCCAACACAUCACCGACACGAUCCGGCACGGCGAGUGGUUCUGCGGUCUCGUCUCCUUCUGCGGCUGGCACGUCCUCGUCUGGCGCGUCGUCGGGCGCCUCCUCGUCCGGCAGCGACGUCAUUGACUUUACCUCCCUCGAGGCCAUCCAGGGCAGCCCCGUCCAUCUCGCUGUCUUUGUCAACUACCUGCUGACCUCAUCCCUGCCUGAAGCCUUGUUCUUCCAUCUGUCCGUCGAGCAAUUCAAGCUCAUCAAGAAUGCGAAAGAGCGCGUCGAGGCGGCGCAGGGCAUCUUCAAGACGUACCUCGCUGCCGGUUCGCUUUUGCAGCUCGAGUUUGAGCCGUCAAACAGCUCGGUCAGCGAUUUCGCGCUCCGCGUCAGCAUGAUUGAGGCGGCCCUCAACUCUGGCAAGCUCAAAGACAAGGAGCUGCCGAGCAUUUUCGAUCCCGUCGAAAAGCUUGCCUACACCAGCAUUGCAUCUUCCCUCGACGUCUUCCGUCAGAGUCUUGCGCUUGGUCUGGGCGAGUAUUACGGCGCGAGCCGCAUUGGUGAAAUGAAAAAGGACGACAAGGCAAACACCAAGCUGGUCGUCGAACUCUUGCGGAAACACCUCUCAGUUCACAUUGACAACCAAGAAGAGGAGGAAGAGGGGACCAUCGAUCCGAACGACACUGAUUACCAGCGCAGCGUUCAAAUCUGCCACUUCCUCAUCACCUAUCUCCAAAAGAUUGGCUGCGACAAGUCCUUCUUUGAGGAAUUCAAGCCAAACACCAAGAGCCGACGGGAUAGCAUGCUGAGCCGCAUGUCCACCAAAUCCAAGAAGGUGCACGUCAUUGAAGGCCAUCAAUUUGUUGCCACCCAUUGGAACACACCGACGUUCUGCGACUCUUGCACCGACAUGCUCUGGGGUUUUGGCAACCAAGGCUACCAGUGCAAAGUCUGCGGCUUUAACUGCCACAAGCGCGCGUGCUCCAAGAAUCCGGUUGACAAGUGCACUGGCACCAAGCUGAAGCGCGACAAGCGCCCUGCCCCUGUCUUUGACACGCUGAAGGUGGCGCGAUCCACCCCUCGCUCGACGGUCUUGGGCGGCUCAAACUCGCGCUCGGACAUUCUCUCUUCCCUCUCUCCCGACGAUGCCGCUUCGGCUGACAACACGUCGCUCAAAAGCGUUGAAAGCGAAGAUGAUGUUCGCAUUGAUCGCUCGCACUCGCCGCAGCCACACGACGCAACCACCGAGAACGGACGUGACGCCGAUACAAUUUCUGAGACAUCGACGUCCUCUGCACCCUCUGAAUCGCAAGACGGUGCUCCCGCCGAGAGCCCGGAUGGCCAUGUGCGCACGCAUCAGCGCAACGUGUCGGUCGGUAGCAACAGCGACAUCAAGGCGGCUUCGGGCCUGAAGUCGUCUCCUUCGAUUCUUCGCAAGCUUCCCACGCUGCGCAAGUCUGCACGCUCCAACCCUCAGGUGCCUGACGCCGACGUGCUGAAUAGCAGCCCCGAGCACUUGAGCGCCGAGCUUGCCUCCAGCACCCCCUCGCUGGUUAGUUCUGGGUCUAUUGACGAGACCUCCUCUGUGCAUGGCGCUGAGGCUUCCUCGGCCGCCACGCCCGAAGAUGGCAUGUCGUUGUCUUCAGCGCACAGCGCCAGUCUCAGCAACAUUUCUGCCACCUGCUGGUCCGACACUGUGACCAACUGGGAAGCGUUGGCCCACCUCUCCAAGAAGGAGAUUAAGCGUCAAGAAGUUAUUUUCGAGCUUGUCAAGACCGAGCGCAACUUUGUGUCGAAUUUGGAAAUUAUGCAGGAGACGUUCAUGCACCAGUUGCUCCGCACUGCAAAAGCCCACCGUGACCAGAUUGUUUCUGUCUUUGCCAACAUUGAGGAGCUGCUCAAGCUCAACCGCGAGCUUUGCCAACGGCUCGAGGCACGCCAGCGAGAAGCCAUCGUCGUCGAGCAGAUUGGUGACAUUUUCUUGUCAAUGUUUGAAAAGUUUGAUAUCUACGCUGUCUUCUGCGCAAACCAAAUUAACGCCAUGGAGGAAAUUGGCUCGCUGAAGAAGCGCAGCAACACGUUUGCCCAGGCCCUCAAAGACUGCGAAGCCAAUCCGCGCGCAAAUCGUAUGGUUUUGACCGAGUAUCUGCCCAUGCCCAUGCAGCGCCUGACCCGCUACCCGCUCCUGCUGGAGACGGUCAUUGGCUGCACUCCGAAGCAACACAAGGAUCACUCGGCCAUGCUCCAGGCUGUUCGUGUCGUCAAGGGCGUUGUGACCCUGGUGAACGAACGCGUGGCCCAGAGCGUUGCGGCCCAGCGUUUGUCUCGCCUCCAAAAGUCGCUUGAUACAUCCCAUCUCGGCUAUACCAUUGAUUUGCUCAAAAACCGACGCGCCAUCCAGUUGGAAGGCGAGCUCACGUUGACCGCUUACCAAUCGACACGCAAGAAGAAUCUUCUCGUCCACGCCAUGCUGCUGAACGACUACAUGCUUGCGACCAUGAAGAAAGACAGCAACACGAUUACUCUUGCCCUUGAUCCCCUGCCUCUAUUCGGUUCGCUGGUGCGAAACGUCGAGUCCAAAACGACACGCUGCGCCUUCUUUGUCGUCGUGACGCAAGCUGGCCCACCGCAAAUGCUCGAGUUUGUUGCUGCAACUGAGUUUGAAAAGAAGAACUGGAUGGAUUCCAUCAAGGCCACCAUUGCGCUGAACACUGUCCGUCCAGAGUCGCUGAUUGUCAAGACCGCCGCUCCUGUCAGUUCAACCUCGUCGUCAUCUUCACUUGCCAAUUCCUUGUCCGCGGCCGUCAGUGCAGUUUCUGCCGCCGCUGCCUUUUCCUCUUCGAUCAAGGAUUCGGGCGACAAAAAGGCCUCAGCCGUUUUCGCAGCCGCCGCUGCUUCGGCUGCAAAGAAGGGUGAAGCUGCCAAGGGCGAGCCUGCCAAGGGCGAGCCUGCAAAGGGCGAACCCGCAAAGGUCGAGGCCAACGGGCGUCCUUCCGUCGGCGCCGUUUCCGUUCCCGCGGCAGUCACCGCCCCUGCAGCAUCGCCAACGAGCAAGGGCGCAUCGCCCAACGCGAAGCCGGCAACAGCCACACCCGCUGCUGCAACGCCCGCCGCGACGUCCGCUGCGCCCAGCGCCGCACCAGCAUCGUCACCGGCCCCUGUCGCUGCUUCUGCAGUCGCGCCAGCCGCUCCUACGACCGCUUCGGUGACUGUUGUCAAUGUUGAACCCGCAGGCACUGCAGUUGUGGUCAGUGCCCCAGCAGUUGUUGUCGAGGAAAAGCCCGUUCCCACAAUUCUUGCGCCCCCAGAGGCACCGAUCGUGUCCGCCGAGCAGUUGGCGCAGACCGCAGUCGAAGAGGCCCUGGCCGACGCGGCUGGCAACGUUCCAGAGGUGGUGGAGCAGCUUUUCGCCAAGUUGCAACAAAAGGACGAGACGUUGCUCCGCUUGGUGGAAGAGAAGCGCGCUCUCUUGGCGCAAUUCCGUGCUUGGCGCGUGGCCGCCUACCCCAUUCUGGUGACGGAAGAUGCCGGCUCUCCUGGCGUUCUGAGCAAGUCUGGAUCGACGACCAACCUGGACCUGCCCGUGGCAGACGAUGUGGAUGUUCUCUCCGACCAAGGGGAACAGGACGAGACUGCGGAUGGCACCACGGACGGCUCGACCGACAGCGGUCGCCGCCGCGACGGGAAGCGUAUCAGCAUCACACGUCGCAAGCGAAGCAGCGUCAACUCGAACUCGAUUCGAUCGCGUCGCCUGCGCAAUUCAACUGCUGCCUCGGACGAUGCCGCUUCUGGCGUGGACGCUGCGCUCGACACUGCCUCGUACACUUCGAAUGUUCUCCAUUUGAGCUCUGAGCGUCAGCUGAGCGACAUUAUUUACUUGCAUGAGAAGAUUGCCGACUCUGCCACGACCGUGAUCACUCAACAGACCACGAUCGACCAUCUCAAGACCCAGCUCGCCAGCGCAAACACGCGCAUCGCAGCGCUUGAAAACCAACUCGCGUUGCUCGAAAACGAGUCCAAGAACCAGUCGGGCAACAUUCCAGUCAUCAGCGUGACUGGCGAUUCCGAGCCGACUUCCCCCGCGCCGCCCUCGUUCUUGGCGGCGUCCAUCUUUAUUCCUAAGCCCCAAGACGCCGCUUCUGCAUCCAACAACGACGAUGCCAGCACCACGGAAGUCGUGCCCGAAGACGCUCCUGCCGCCGAGCAAGAUGCUGCUACCGAAGACGCCGACGAGGACUCGCGCUGGUCGCUCUUCUCGCUGCAAACCACCGCUGCCAAGCUGUCUGACGACGAGGUUCUUGCCGUUUCUCCUGGUGUCGACGCCUCGCCGUUCGAGCUUGUUUCUCGCGUGACGAUCGAGCUGGAUACACCCCUCGCAGUUGAGCCCGAGUCGUCUCAAGCUGCUUCUCCCCAGCCUGAUGACGUUGUUGUGGUUGAAGCCGAGACUGUGGCGGUCGUCGAGGCUGUGGCGGUUGCUGAGCCUGCUGAGCCUGCUGUUGCGGAGCCUGCUGUUGUUGAGCCUGCUGUUGCGGAGCCUGUCGCUGCCGAGCCAGUCGUUGCCGAACCUGUCGCUGCCGAGCCUGUCGCUGCCGAGCUCCCUUCUGACUCUUCCGAGGCGACUGCUGUGGCUGAGGCUCCUGCGUCUGCGGAAUCAACCGCGACUUCCGAGCCUUCCACACCCGUGCCAGCUGCAGAAAUCGCUCCCAAGGAGUUGAAGGUAGCAGCUGCCGCGUCGCCUUCUGGUGCUGCCAAAAAGAAGAAAAACAAGAAGAAGGGCAAGGGCGGCAAGGCCAGCACGUCUGGCGCCUCCGCCUCUGCAGCCGCUCAAGCAGUUGACGACGGCGCGGAUGACGAGUCUGUGGCAUGAGCGCUCAACAACGUCUUUGAUAUUUCUUCUCCCUUACCCCUCUGCAUGUGACUAAGUUUACUGUUUGUCUACCUUCCCUGUUGUUGCCUGUUACGUUGUUUACUGUUUGUGUUUCUUGUUGGCGUGCAAUUGUUACCGCGUUUCUCUUCCUUUUUUUUUUUUUAACAUGUCGAGAAUACACACGAGAGUUGAAUGAAUUGGA